GGGGAGGCGUACAUAAACCUCGACGCAGGAGGCGGGGCUGCUCAGUCCUCGAGGCGUCGGUGCUCUGUAGUGUUGGAACCUUGUUGCUUGUCGGCCUGUGCGCGCGUGCGCGGACAUGGCCUCAAACGACUAUACCCAACAAGCAACCCAAAGCUAUGGGGCCUACCCAACUCAGCCUGGGCAGGGCUACUCCCAGCAGAGCAGUCAACCCUACGGGCAACAGAGUUACAGUGGCUACGGCCAGUCUGCGGACACUUCGGGCUAUGGCCAGAGCAGCUACGGUAGUUCUUAUGGACAGACCCAGAACACAGGCUACAGCACACAGUCAGCUCCCCAGGGGUAUGGCUCAGCUGGUGGCUAUGGCAGUGGCCAGAGUUCUCAGUCGUCUUACGGGCAACAGUCCUCGUACCCUGGCUAUGGCCAGCAGCCAGCUCCUAGCAGCACCUCAGGAAGUUACGGUAGCAGUUCUCAAAGCAGCGGCUAUGGGCAGCCCCCGAGUGGAGGCUACGGCCAGCAGUCUGGCUAUGGUGGGCAGCAGCAGAGCUACGGACAGCAGCAGAGCUAUAACCCGCCCCAGGGCUACGGGCAGCAGAACCAGUACAACAGUAGCGGCGGCGGCGGAGGCGGCGGCGGAGGUAGCUAUGGCCAAGAUCAGCCCUCCAUGAGCAGUGGUGGUGGCGGCGGUGGUUAUGGCAACCAGGACCAGAGUGGCGGCUACGGGGGAGGCCAGCAGGACCGUGGGGGCCGUGGCCGGGGUGGUGGCGGUGGUUACAACCGCAGCAGUGGCGGCUACGAACCCAGAGGUCGUGGAGGUGGCCGUGGAGGCAGAGGCGGCAUGGGCGGAAGUGACCGUGGUGGCUUCAAUAAAUUUGGUGGCCCUCGGGACCAAGGAUCACGUCAUGACUCUGAACAGGAUAAUUCAGACAACAACACCAUCUUCGUGCAAGGGCUGGGCGAGAAUGUUACAAUUGAGUCUGUAGCUGAUUACUUCAAGCAGAUUGGUAUCAUUAAGACAAAUAAGAAAACAGGACAGCCCAUGAUUAAUCUGUACACAGACAGGGAAACAGGCAAGCUGAAGGGAGAGGCCACGGUAUCAUUUGAUGACCCACCUUCCGCCAAAGCAGCUAUUGACUGGUUUGAUGGUAAAGAAUUCUCUGGGAAUCCUAUCAAGGUCUCAUUUGCUACGCGGCGAGCAGACUUCAAUCGGGGUGGUGGCAAUGGUCGUGGAGGCCGAGGGCGAGGAGGACCUAUGGGCCGUGGAGGCUAUGGAGGUGGUGGCAGCGGCGGCGGUGGCCGAGGAGGAUUCCCCAGUGGCGGUGGCGGUGGAGGAGGGCAGCAGCGAGCAGGGGACUGGAAGUGUCCUAAUCCUACUUGUGAGAACAUGAACUUCUCUUGGAGGAAUGAAUGUAACCAGUGUAAGGCCCCUAAACCAGAUGGCCCAGGAGGGGGACCAGGAGGCUCUCAUAUGGGGGGUAACUACGGAGAUGAUCGUCGUGGUGGCAGAGGAGGCUAUGAUCGGGGUGGCUACCGAGGCCGAGGAGGGGACCGUGGGGGCUUCCGAGGGGGCCGGGGUGGUGGGGACAGAGGUGGUUUCGGCCCUGGCAAGAUGGACUCCAGGGGUGAGCACAGACAGGAUCGCAGGGAGAGGCCGUACUAGCCUGGCUCCUGAGGCCUUGGAUCAGCUUUCUUCCUGUACCCAGUGUUACUACCCUCAUUAUUUUGUAACCUUCCACCUCCUGAUCACCCACGGGUUUUUUGUGUCGGACUAUGUAACUGUAACCAUACCUCUGGUUCCCAUUAAAAACCAUCAUUUUAGUUAAA